UCCAAGUUCAAUAGAUGCUGACAAAACAGACAAAGAGUUUUCAAAACAACACUUCUGCGUGUCAAACAAUUCUGGAAGAAGAAUAUGGCGGAUAUGAUGCGAGAAAAUUUGAUGUCAAAGCAACAAUUUGAUAACUUAUCGGAAGAUGGAUACUUCUCUGGAGCUAAUACAAGCAGGGCAGCUAACCAUGAUGCUUUCAUGAUAACACAGGACUACAAAAACACAAAUAUUAAUUUUGAAAAAUAUGCUUUUGACGACAUCUAUCAACCACUUUCUAGUUCAAUAAACGAUCCCAUUUCAUCUAGGAUGGAGGGUAAAGGUAUACUUUUUGACCGAUUGAAAGAAGCACAAGAUACAAUUGACCAAUUGUCUACCAAACUUUUUUACUGUGAGAAUGAGAUAGCUAUUUUAAGUCAGCGCAAACAUGCUUUUGAAACUGGGUAUCAUAAACUCGAGAAGGAAAACAAACAGUUGCUUAUGGAAAAAAUAGUAAAAGAGAGGCUGUUAAAAAAGAUUAACAAUAUGGAUGCUGAGGUCAGCAAUUUGCUGAAGACUCAUCAGCAACUUGUUGAUAAACAUCAUGAGCAAGAAAAAAGUCAUGCACUUUUGAAAAUGCAGACGAAGCUAUUAGAGGAGGAGAACCAAAGUUUGAAAAUUGUGAAUAAUACACUAACAUCUACAUCAGAAGAGGAGAAAACCAACCUAGAAGAGUUAAAAGUAUCACAGCAAGAAGUGUCCAACAAGUUAGUGAUUACGAACAUUGAGAAAAACGCUUUAUCAUCAGAGUAUGACCGAAUGGUUAAAACACAACACCAGAGUGAACAAGAAAUCCAAGAACUACGAAAACAUCAAAAAAAGCUAGAAAAACUACUCGAGGAAAGUACACAUAAGUUACAAAUAAGCAAAAAUAAUAAUUCAAGUUUGGAAGAACAAAACAAUUUUUUCAAGUCAGAAUUGCAAGUAGCUGUAGAGAGAAAAAUAACAAUCGAAAAAGUAAUGUCAGAAGAAGUUAAUCAAAUUAAAAAACAAAACGAAGUUGUAUUAACUACAAAUGAAAUGUUGGAAAAAGAACUAAUUACAAAGAAGGAGUUAUGUGACCAGCUUAAAAGCAGAAUUGAAGAGAUAAGUGGGACGAACACUGUUUUAAAGAACCAAUCUUGUGAGUUGGAGAGACAAUACAGAGAACUUUUAUCAACUAAUAGUUUACUAGAAAACAAUAUAGAAGAGUUAAAAGAAACUGUCAACAAAACAGAACGAGAGGAAAUGAUCAUGUCUCAAAAACUUUCUGUUUAUGAAUCUGAGAAAGAGAAUCACGAAAACCAGUUAAAAAAAUUAAAAAAAAAAUCUGAUGCAAAUGUAACAGAAUUUGAUGCUCGAAUACAAAAGCUUCAAAAACAAAGCUUAAAAAUGAAGGAGGUGUACCUAGCGGAAAAAGAAAAAAUGAGAAAUGAAUAUGAAGUAAAAGUAAAAACGCUCGUUCAAAAUAAGAAAUGUUUAGAAGAAAGUAAUGCACAGUUAUCACUUGAGCUUAACGAUUUAAAGGAAAAGUUCUUUAAGUUAGAGCACACUCUGGAUUCUGUUCGAAAAGAAAAUACUAAGCAUGCAUCUAUACAAUAUCAAGAAAUAUCUGAAUUAGAAUCUGUGAAAGCCAAAAUCACUGAGGAGUGUAAAAAUCUGAGAACAGAAAACAUACAGUAUGAUGCUCAAAUUGAUGAGUAUUCGCUUGCCUUGCAAGACGUCAAAUCUAAAUAUGAUCAUUUAAAUAGAAAUUUUAAUGAAAAGGUGAACAAAAUACAAAACUUAGAAAAACAAGUUAAAGAUUUAAGCACUGAAAACAAUGAUUUGAAGUCAAAAGAUAAAGGCAACACCGAAUUAAUAGACUUGUUACAAAAACAAUCAAAGUCUGAAAUCUUAGCUGAACAAAAGACAAGUGCAAAGAGAAUUCAAUCCUUAGAAACUCAAAUAAAAGAUUAUCAAGAACAGUGUCAAAAAAUUAGAGAUGAAAAGGAGAAAAAUACGAAGUUACAUGAACAGGAGAUUUCUGGUUUGUUAAACAACCACCAAAAGAAGUUUGAGGAGAAAUUAAAUGAAAAACAUGAAUUACAAGCCCAAUGUAAAUCUCUUACAGAGAAAACGACUAUGUAUUCUGAACUGCUGGAGCAAAAGCAAAGUGAAAUUGAAAAGCUUUCUUCGCUUAACACUUCAAAUGGAAAUGAAAUAUCAAAUUUAAAAGCAAAAAUAAAAGAACUACAAGCUGAAGAAAUUAAAGCAUCAAACCUGAAGAAUGAAAUCAAAGGUUAUAAAAAGAAUGUAGAAGAGCUGGAAUCAAGAGUUGCUAUAGUAACUACUGAAAAUGAGAUAUUACUAGGUGAACGGAAAGAUUCUACAAAACAUACAAGUGAACUUCUUGAACGCUUAAACCUAACUAUGAAGAAAAUGGAAGAACAGAGUAAACAGAUGCAUGACGAUAAGGAGAAUCGUCUUACUGAAGAGCAACAAUAUAAGAAGGAAAUUCGUGACCUAUCAUACCGAAAUGAGCGGUUAAAAUCUGAAUUACGACAAAGAACACUACAAAAACAUUCUGCCUGCGGUGAAAUUGAAAUGAUCAAGUCUGAACAUGUAAAUGUUAAAAAAGAACUUGCUGUUUUGGCAGAAUUGAAUCGAAAGUUGGAAGAAGUCCAUUCAUCUUUGCAAGAGGAUAAUAAGAAAUAUAGAAGUGCAAAUGAACAAUUGCAAGUAGAUAUGCAGACGUUAAAAUCUUCAUUUGAAAAUUUAUUAGCGAAAGAAUUGGAAAAACAAAAGUCUGAAUUUUUACAACAAGAGAAUGAGUUACUUAAAAAGUUAUCCUUAGAUUAUAACUAAAUUUUUAUUGUUAUUAGUUUUGAUAUAUUGCUGUGUAAAAUUGAGUAUGCUUUAUUUAGUUUUGAGAUGUGCAAAUUUGUUCUUAUAUGAAACAGAGGAAGAAUGUUAUAACUUUGUUGAAAUAAUUUAUGAAUGUGUUUUAAAAAUGUAGACUGAUGCAGAAAUAAUGUAAAAACUUGAGGUAGCACCUCUCAAAUAAAUACUUUUUUGAUGAAGCACACUUCCUUUAUUUAGGAAAAAAAUAAAAAUAAGUCUCUCUGAUUAAGUCCUUCAGGGCAUCAGACAUAAUACAAAAUUAUCACAAAAAGGGAAUGCUUUUGAGUUUGAUUACUGUGUUAGAGAACACUUGUUUGAAUUGGAGCUAGUAAUUAUUAAGUAAAAAGCUCCAAAUAAAUAUUUUCUAUUAAAUCAUUCCUCUUGCUAAAGCUCCUUCUUCCGUACGUGGUUUUGAAAUAAGUACCUUGGGUGCUAAAUCAAGCAUUUGCAGUGAUUUACCCUUUUUAUUAUUUAUUUUUAUUAUUUUUGGGUUUAAAAAUGAGUGAGUUGUUUUAUCAUGAUAAUGUAGUUUUUUAAAGGGAUGUAACCCUAUCGUAGAAAUUUUUAAAGCAAAUUAAUCUUUUUAGCAAUUGUCUAGAUUUUUUUAUCGGUGCUUUUCCAAUGUUUGCAUAAAUCUGUAAAAAGCAAAAAUUUAUAUGUGUUACUUCUUAAUUUCAUCUUUGGGCAACAUUUUAUUAAUUUAUGAUUUUAAUAAUUAAUUUAUUCCAUAGGUAGUUUGAUUCUAUCAAUUUUUGUGGAAAUUAGCACAAUUUUUACUAUAUUUUUAGCUUUGUUUUAGACUACUAAAUUUGUAAUUAUAUUGUUGAAAUGGCUGAAAGACAAAAUGUGAUAAAAUGUUGUAUUCUGUCAGCAACAUUGUAUC